AUGCCCUAUGCCUGGAGUUUUUAUGCUGUUGAUAAAUAUAUAAAUCUUGAAGAGCAUUACAAUGAGUUAGAAAAAUUAUUCAGAAACUCGUUGAAUAUCUAUAAAAACGUGAUAGAAGAAGAUCAAGAUUUAAAUUCGUCGACAAAGAACACUUAUAGUUGUUUUGAACUUGAAUAUGAAGUUAUUGGCGAUGGCAGGUUCAAAAUUAUGUGCAUAGAGAACAAUGAUUUAGAAAUACCAAUGGUAUUUUGUUAUGCAGGUACAGAUGAGAGGUAUAGUUUUAUAUUUAUCGAAUGGUUGAAGUCAGAGAUAAAUUGUAUAAUAUGGAAGUUACAGUUUAAUAAUAUUCAAAUGAUAGAUAUCUGUGAUACUGCUGUUUCUCCAAAUUCUUUUAAUAAUGGUAAUUUUAAUAAUAUUGAUUACAAAUUUUACAACGCAUUAUUCGUUUUUGAUCUUAAAACAACUGAUGAUAAUUUAAAGAAGAUGAAUUUUGAGGUGCCUGCAAGUAGUUGUAGAAAAUUAUUUAGAUCCAAUGAGAAACCUUUUAAAAAUUCAAUUCUGCCCUAUAUUUACGAAGAAACUGGCAUCAAGACAGAUAUCAUACCUUUAAAUUCAAUAACUUUAUUAAAUCAUUUAAAGAUUACGAAAUAUAAUACUAUCACCACUGCAUUUUCCAUGAGAGAUAACAUCAUCCAUACAAUAUUAAAACAAGUUCAAAAUUCAAAAGAAUGA